GUGUUUGUCCUCUGCCCUGCCAAGGCCAUAGAGCUGGUGCGUGCGGGUAGCGGGGCACUCCAAGGAGCCACAUGCCAGCGGCACCAUGGUGCACCUCACUACUCUCCUCUGCAAGGCCUAUCGUGGGGGCCACUUAACUAUCCGCCUUGCCCUGGGUGGCUGCACCAACCGGCCCUUCUACCGCAUUGUGGCUGCUCACAAGUGUUCCAGGUAUGGCCGUUUCGUAGAGCAGCUGGGCUCCUAUGAUCCAUUGCCCAACAGUCAUGGAGAAAAACUCGUUGCCCUCAACCUAGACAGGAUCCGUCAUUGGAUUGGCUGCAGCGCCCAUCUCUCUAAGCCUAUGGAAAAGCUUCUGGGUCUUGCUGGCUUUUUCCCUCUGCAUCCUAUGAUGAUCACAAAUGCUGAGAGACUGCAAAGGAAACGGGCAUGUGAAGUCCUGUUAGCUUCUCAGAAAACAGAUGCAGAAGCUACAGAUACAGAGGCUACAGAAACAUAAAUGAGCUGACUUUAGUGAGCAUAGCAGUGGGAACAAGGUCAAGGUCCUCUUGAAACACUCUGCAGAGAUCUUAAUUUUGUUAGAUUUGGAGUUCAAUAAAUGGAGUAUCCUGAAAAAAAAAAA